CUUCCCUUCCAUAAACGUCCCAUCUGGAGACGAAAACCCCGGCGGAAACCGAAGCACCGCAAAGCAAAACCUCGGUCGGUUCGAGGGCAUCGCACCCGUCGCCCCGGCAUCCUACGCACCACCUGCACUUCACCCUCCUCCGUCAGGAGAAGAGCACGCGGCUUUCAACGCGCCAUGCUCGUCGUCGCCGUGCAUUCUUGACUUCCGCCCAGACUCGGCCUCUCCUGAUCCUUUUCGUUUUGGGGUCUCCUCGGGGCGCCAGAUUCGGAUGGACCCGCCUCCGGUGAGGCGCCCGGCGUCGAAUCGCCGGGACCGCUGGCGGAGUGCUGCCGCUGCCGCGGCGACGGGGCCCGGCGCGGACGUGCUGGCCGGAGAGCGGGGAAGCACCGGGCUGGGGAACGCUGCCGCUGCCACGUCAUCUUCGAGGCGCAGGGGCCGCCGCCGGCGGCGGGAUCGGGCCGCCCAGGCGGGGGAGGCGUCGAGGAAUCCGGAAGCGCUUGGUUCAGGUUGUUCUUUGGGAGCAGUGGAAGCACAUUUGAGCCUUAGUUUGCCGCAGAGAAAUUUCCAGGCUGGAAAUAAGGCAAUAAAAGUUUCUGCGGAAAAUGGUGCUGGCAGCUCUUCUCUUGCCCGUGAGAAUUCUGUCCGAGAAAUUGAAGCCUUAAGGAGCAAGUUCUUUAAUAAAUCUGAUGUAAGAUGCCCACAUGAUAAUUGCACUGCAUUGGGAAAUGCUGAUACUAAUAUGGAUUGUCAGAAUAAAUACCCAAAAUGUCCAGAGAUGAAGAACACUGAUUUGUCAGGGAACUCGGAAGAAGUAUACCAGAAAAGAAUGUCUCCUGAAUGUAGCUCUUUCCAGGAGUCGGAAGAAUAUAAAGGAAAUGAAAAUGGAGCUUCUCUCAACUCCAACAAUUUAAAGGAGGGAAAGAAGGAAAGAAGAAGAGGCAAGAAAAGGCAUAAUCAUCAAAAGAAAACUACUUCACAGGAUUCUCCUUUGCUAACUGGUACUGAUAAUUCUGGAUUGAUGAUGAUGGUUUCUGAGAAUACUUCAUGUCUAACUCAGAAGCAAACUCAGAACAAGGUAUCCAUGACUAACUCAGUCUCGGUGGACGAUGCAAAGACAACAAAAGGAGAAAGUGUGAAUUUGGACAGCGCCAUUGAAAAGAGGUGUGAACCAGGAAGGAGUAACUUGGACUGCACCAGUACUGAGAGAAAUGAACUGCAAGAGCAAGAAGUGGACUGCUUAUCAAAAGAUCACAACGUUAACUGCCUAAGCCUUCCCGGUUUGGCUGAAGCAUAUAUGAAAAAGCUCAAAAUUGGCUUUCCACCAAUACAAUCCUUUAGAGGGUUUCCGAAGAAGAAGCUUCUUGUCUUAGAUCUUAACGGUUUACUUGCGGAUAUCAACCAGGACUACCUCAAUGCUCACGGGGCUGAUGCCAAGGUUCAAGGAAAACUAGUCUUCCGAAGGCCUUACUGUGAUGAUUUUCUCAACUUUUGUACCCGGAAUUUCGAGCUAGGUGUAUGGUCCUCCAGAAAAAAAGAAAAUGUCGCUUCGGUUGUUAAUAUCGUUAUGAGAGAUUUCAAACCACACCUACUAUUUUGUUGGGACAGGUCUCAAUGCACAUUUACCGGGCGCAAAACACUGGAGAACAUGCAGAAACCAUUAGUGCUGAAGGAAUUGAGGAAAUUGUGGAAUAAGGAAGAACCUGAUCUUCCAUGGGAAGAGGGGGACUAUUCGCCUUCGAAUACAUUACUUGUGGAUGAUUCUCCUUACAAAGCUCUGCGCAAUCCUCCACAUACUGCAAUCUUUCCUCGCCCCUACAAUUAUCUGAACUCAAAUGAUAAUUCAUUGGGCCCCGGUGGAGACCUUCGCGUCUAUCUGCAGAACCUAGCCGCUGCAGAUGAUGUUGAGUGUUAUGUUCGUAAUAAUCCAUUUGGCCAACCCUUCAUUACUGAGAGCGAUCCACAUUGGAACUUCUAUGCUCAAAUUGCUGAUAAAGGGAGUGCUCCGUUAACUUAUGCUUGAACUUCCCUAUGCUGGGGAGUUCAGUAGUUCUCCAUUGGCCAUGGAUGAGGGCACUACAGCUUGCAUAAACUGAUCUUCGAGGAGUGCCAGUUUACUAGUAUCCCUGUAUUGAGAGGAUUACAAAGUUUCUGUACAAUCAGUUGAACUGUAGGCUCUAUGAAAGGUAUCAAAUGAAUGAAUGGUGUGACGGUGUUUUGGCAA